UAGGACUCUUGCUAUUUAAAUCAGAUGUGGAUUUAUACUAGCCUAUGGAUUUAGACUACUGUAAAUGACUUUGUUAUAUUAUCCUAAACCAGAUAAGAUUAUUGGCGGAGACGAAGUCAGUCCUCAUUCCAUGCCCUAUAUGGCAUUUCUGAAGUUUGACGUAACAGGAAAUACAUAUAAAAGAUGUGGCGGGAUCCUGAUAAGUGAAGAUGUUGUUUUGACAGCAGCUCACUGCAAUGACACAAACAUGCAAGUAAUAUUGGGAGCUCAUAAUAUUAUGUCUAAAGAAAAUUCCUGGCAGGUAAUAAAAGUUUGUAAAAUGGUCCCACACCAUGAACACGAGAAACCUGGCAAUGAUAUCAUGCUGCUAAAGCUCAGAGAAAAAGCAGUGUUAAAUCGAUAUGUAUUACCACUGCCCAUUAACCACACUGAAAGGAAAGUGAAACCUGGAAACGUGUGCAGUGUAGCAGGUUGGGGCAGAUAUAAAGUAUAUAACAACGAUGAGGCUCCAACAUUAAGAAAAGUUGAUGUAAAAGUGGUUUCCGCAGAAAUAUGUUCUAAGACAUUCCCAAAAAUUGAUGUGAAGAAAUUUAUCUGUGCUGGAGACCCACAGGAAGAAAAGUAUGCAUAUAAUGGUGAUUCUGGUGGUCCUUUAUUCUGUGGCAAGGAUCUGCAAGGAAUUGUACAAGGUGGAGACAAACCACCUACUGGCUUGUACACUAAAGUCUCUUCCCAUGUUAAAUGGAUCAAGCAAACCAUACGCACAAUGAAGUGCAAGAAAGAGGUGUGACAUACAUGCAUAGGCAGAUGUUUACUAAAGAAGCAAGGACAUUAAUGUAUCAAACCUGAAACAUGUGAAUUUGAUAUGAUUUGGACUAUAGCGCUAAAGUUCAUUGCUGGAUAUCAAUGUGUACGAUGGUGUUUACAAAUAUUCUGAGUAUGAACUAUAGAAAUAAAUUUUAAACUAUUUGCUAAUAUUGUAGAUAAAGAACCUCUGAAGCUAAAUAAAUAUAUUAAAAUUAUA